UAAUCAUAUGUAGGCUGGUUGCGUGGCGUGUUCUUUUUUCGGCGGUAAAUCGCACAAGAUGGCGGAGGAAGUGAACGGCGAGCAAAUUCAGCAGAAUUUGGACGACAUGAGCCAAGAUCUUAUGGCCACAACAACAGAGGCGGUUGCCAUCGAGCAGCAAGAGACCGAUAUGACCAACUUGACGGGAGACGGUAGCGCGGCGCCGGUAGCCGGCGAAGAUGUGCCUCCCGGAAGCAAAAUCAACUCGACCAAAGAUGAUGACGACGACCGCAUUCCCUCUGACCUCUGCAGGAAAAUGUUCGUGGGCGGCCUGAGCUGGGAAACAACAGAGAAGGACCUGAAGGACUACUUUGCACAGUAUGGUGAUAUCGAGGACUGCACGAUCAAGAUCGACCCCGUCACGGGAAGGUCACGCGGCUUCGGUUUCAUCCUCUUCUCGGCGGCGGAGAGUGUGGAAAAGGGGGAAACAACUGGGGCCAACAGCAGGGAGGUUACGGUUAUGGGUACCCAUACCAGGCCUACGGCCAGGGCUAUGGCGGCUACGGAGGUGGCAACUAUGGCCAGGGCUACGGGUAUGCCGGCGGCUAUGGGAGCUACUAUGACUACUAUCCAAACUACGGUGGAUAUGGGGGCCAACAGUAUGGCAAAGCACCCGCCAGGAAGGGCCACGUGGCUUCCUACCACCCGUACGCCCCUCGCUAGUCCCCUGUCUGCAUCGUAGGCUCCUGUGGAGGAGUAAGAGAAGAGAGGGAGUGAAAGAGAAGGGAGGGGAGAGAGAGAGAGAGAGAGAAAACACAUGCCUCAUUCCUUUACAACUUGCAACAGACGUUCCUUCUGACAAGUCUGCUGGGAGAAAAUUUGUGUCCACCUCGACGGUGCAGAAAUCAUCCUCGACGUACCAAGACUCCACAUGGACUAAAAACGUCACGAUCGCCCGUUCCUUUUAUAUUACCCAAUCAGUUCUUUUCCCUUUUGGUAAUUUCUUGUCGUAAGUUGUUGAGUAUUUUAUGCCCUGAGAGGUACGCCUUACUGAAUAAAUAAAGUGUAAAUGUGUUGAAGUUUUAUCUUGUUCUAUCCGUAAAUGUCAGUUGUCUUGUCUGUGCUGCACUUGUAAAUUUAGCUGCUAACUCGAAUAUUGCUUCGUGUCUGCCACGUGCAAUAUAUUUUUCCAGAGGAAGGUUACCAUAGCUAAAAGCUUUUCUUUUUCAGUAAUUAACAAUGACUAUUUUCCAAAGAAUUUCCACUAAUUAUUAGUAAAGUAAAAAAAAUCCCUAGGUAAACUUUUUUUCCUCAUAAGUAGUGCUAACACGGAAGACAAUUUUCUACAUCAUGGACAACAUCGGAGAAAUAAAACAUUUUUGAAAUA